AUGGGUUCCAACCCUCCUCUACUUCCUCCAAUUUGUGAGGAGCAACCUCAUUCUGAAUCUCAAAGAGUUGAAUCUGAAAGUUUAAGAGAUGAGUCUCAAAGAGCCAAUUUUGAUCAAGAAGUUGAUACCAAUUCUCUUGAGCGUGAUCCAGGAUUACAUCCUCGAAUAGACACAUUUCCGCCUAAUCAACAUGAUAAUGUUCGAAGAGCAUAUAUUCUCUUAGGACCAUGUCAACUAAAACUAAAGGAAUAUCCAUCUCAUUUAGAAGGGAAACAAAUGCAUCGAUUUAAUGAUGGAUUUAGAAAUUGGAGAAGAGUGGGUGGCAAAGAGUGUGCUUUCCUUACUCAUGUAGGCAUUAUAAAUUCACCACAUCAUUUUGCUAUCCAAAAGUGGAUGGAUUUAAAGAACCCAACUCACCAUAUUGAUAGAGUUGUGCAACCCCCACAAGAAGUUGCGAAAAAUAGGUUGAGGCUUACAACCACAAAAGAGGCCAUUAGGUAUUUAGCAAAUCAAGGAAUGGCUUUUAGAGGUGAUGAUGAAUCUCAUGACUCCUUUAAUCGGAUACAAAAGGAGAUCCGAAAUAUCUAUGCUAACAAAGUGAGGAAAAGGAAAUGCAAUGAAAUUGGGGAAGAUAGGAAAUUUUGUAUUCUCAUUAAUGAAGCACUUGACGAUUCUAAGAAGGAACAAAUGGCUAUUAUCAUAAGGUUUGUUAGUUGUGAUGGGCAUAUUCGAGAAAGGUUUUAUGAUAUUGUGAGUGUUCAUGACACUAAUUCCUCAACUCUUAAAAGUGAUAUUUGUAAAGUGUUUAGUAAGCAUAGUCUUUUAGUAAGCAAUAUGCGUGGUCAAGGAUAUGAUGGUGCUAGCGAUAUGCAUGGUGAAUGGAGUGACUUACAAGCAUUAUUUCUCAAUGAUUGUCCAUAUGCAUAUUAUAUUCAUUGCUUUACUCAUCGCCUUCAAUUAGCUUUAAAUGCUGCUGCUAAAGAGGUAGGACUUGUUUGGAGAUUUUUUUCAAUGUUGAAUAACAUUGUGAAUUUUGUUGGUACUUCUGCCAAACGACAUUCUGAGUUAAAAUUAAACCGACAAGCUGAAAUUGAAGACUUAUUAGCAGCUGGAAGACUUGGAACAAGUAAAGGGGCUAAUCAAAUUCGAUGUCUGCAACGACCUAGAACUACUCGUUGGGGCUCACAUUUUAGUUCUAUUAGGAGUUUGAUUGAUUUAUUUGGUGCAACCAAGACACUUCUAAAGGAUAUCAAUCAUAAUGGACCUACCUCACAAUUUCGUGGGGAAGCAGAAGAUUAUCAGUUGGGGGAGUUAAAUACUAGAUUUUCAUAUGAAACUGUGGAACUCCUUCGUCUUAGCUCAUCAUUGGAUCCUCGUGAUGCUUUCAAGCAAUUUAACAUUGAUGAUAUAUACACUCUUGCUGAGAAAUUUUAUCCUCAAGAUUUCAGUACAACUGAGUUGCAUGCUUUUAAUCAACAACUGGGAUUUUAUAAGAUUGACAUGGAUCACAAUCCAACCUUCAAGAAUCUUUAUUCCAUUCCUAUAUUACUUGAGCACUUAGUAGAAACAAGAUUAGCACAAACCUACUACUUGAUUGACAGAUUGAUUUGUUUAGUGCUAACUCUUCCUAUUUCUACAACAACAAUAGAACGAGCAUUUUCUUGUAUGAGACUGAUCAAAAAUCGGCUUCGAAACAAGAUAGAUGAUGAAUUUCUUGCUGAUUGUAUGUUACUUCACAUUGAAAGAGAAUUUGCUGAUAAUAUAGAUAAUUAA